GCUGGCUCCCGCUAGCUCAGUCCGAAGCGCCCAGCCGAGCUGCGAGCACGCUGCUCCCGCCCUGUGUUAGUUAGUGCGUGCGUGAUUUUUUACUGUGAUAGGUGUCAGUCGCGGCGCGGCUGCCGAAAGAGGAGCAUCGAUCGAGUGACACCAAAAUGCAUAUUGAAGUGCAAGUGGCCCUCAACUUCGUGAUAUCGUACCUUUACAACAAGCUGCCCAGGCGGCGGGUCAACAUCUUCGGGGAGGAACUGGAGAAGGCGCUGAAGGACAAGUUCAGGGGGCACUGGUACCCGGACCGGCCGUGCCGGGGCUCCGCCUUCCGGUGCCUGAAGACAGGAGGCCCCCUGGACCCGGUAUUGGAGCGAGCGGCGCGGGAGUCCGGGGUGCCAGUGAGGGACGUGCUCGAACAUCUCCCGCGUGACCUCGCCGUUUGGGUCGAUCCGGGUGAGGUGUCAUAUCGCAUUGGCGAGAAGGGCGCGGUGAAGGUUCUCUUCAGCAGCGACGAGCGCGCCGCUGACGAGAGGACCGACAGAGAGGUGACGCGCGCGUUCAACCCCGAGGCGCAGUGCUUCCGGCCGGUGGAGCCCGUGGCGGCGCCCUCGCCCCCCGCGCCCGCCGCCUUCUCCCCCGCGCCGCCCUUCCGCGCGCAGCCGCUCACCUUCACCACGGCCACGUUCGCGCAGACCAAGUUCGGCAGCACCAAGCUCAAGAGCAGCAGCAAGCGCGCCAACCGCAUGUCGCCGACGGAGUUCAGCAACUACAUCAAGCAGCGCGCCGUGCAGCAGCAGCUGGCGGCGCGCGCGCUGUCGCCGGCCGCCGAGCCGGGCGCGUACUUCGGGCGGCGCGACGCCCCCGCCUCGCCCUCCUACCCGGCGCUGCUGCUGGCCAACUGAGCCACGCCCGCGCGCCCGCCCCGCGCCGCCUGCUAGAGCGCCGAGCCCGCGUCUGGAGCUGCGCGAUUUAUUUUUUUAUUUUCCGCGGGGGCGUACCGCGCCGCCCGCCGCUUGUGAUAUCCGGACGAUUUUUCCAUAACUUUUUGUAUUCUCUUGCGUUACGUAAAUUUAUCGAUAGGAGCAAUAAUCGGCCGCGCGCCUCGCCGGCGAUUUAUUUUCGUACUAUUUAGAGCCGGUCGGCCCCGCGGGCCGGGGGCGGGGGCCAGGGCCCGUCGGCCCGCCCCGGCCCGCGGGCCGCACGCAUUCGUCCUGCGGUCCACGGACCGCGUGUAUGUAUACAUAUAUUAUAUGAUAUAUAUUCGUACGCGCGACUAGUUCUCUCGUGGAAACGAAAGGCCAAUAGAGAAAUGAUGUAUUUUUAAUAUUGAAAAUUGAAUUCAUAGGGUGUAGGAGCGUACAGAUAUGUAUCGUGUACCGGUCAACGUUUGCAUAUCCCGCCGGGGCCCGCCUCGCGCUCCCCCCCGGAGAUCUCACCUAGCGUAAUCGUCACUACGAAUGUACCCUUACUAUAAUAAUUAAUAUACAUAAUAUAUUAUAGGAUUAGCUACGUUUCAAUCUAACAGUAUUUUUUUAAGAAGAUAUUAGUCCUCGUGUACCUCCGACGCCGGCGGCCCCGCCCGCCGCGCCGGCCCUAGAGUUACGGUAUACUCGUAUCGUCGUCACGAAAGACACGGUUACUACGAUAAACGAUAGAAAAAUAUUUCUCAAUUCAUAAACUAACGGGUGCAUGCAAAUUAU